AUGUGGGCUACGACAUUACGACAGGCGUCGGCGGCUAGGUCAAAGGCCGCGGGAGGGCUGAGCCUCCAGCACGCGUAUCGGAAAGCUGUGAGGGCGACGAGACACCCGGAGACACGACGAGAAACGCUCGACUGGCUGCGUGCCGAUCUUGAGCGGCUACGCUUCGAGACGGACCUUGAGAAACUCAAGUCAAAUCUUUCGUCAUUCAACAAGAAUCUCAAAAUCAUGGUGCCUUCCCUCGGCCUCGGUGGUCUCACGCCAGACAGCGGUGCGAAGCUCAUCGGCCAACGCCGGAGAUAA